AUUUUUACUCUGCUAGUGACAGAAAUACAUUUAAAAUGUGAAAAAAGAAAAAGAUACUUCACUGUAAGAACAGUUUUUGGAAUAAUGUUCUCCUGUUGCUAGAAAGCAGCUGGAAAAAAUUUGGGAUAAUCCUGGAAACCAGGACAUGUGGUACCAAAGUAGAAAAUGUUUUUACUCUAUGAAGACAUAUUGCUGGGAUUACAAGAUAUGAUUUUUUAUAUUUUUACAUAUAUCAAAAAAUGUUCUUUUACAGAUUUUAGUCAGAUGUGUGCCACUGCAAUUGCAAAUCUUUUACAACAAAAUAGCCCUAAAACAACAUUUUCAAAAGAUAAAGAUAUCAUACCUUUUAUUGAAAAACAUUGGGAACACCUUACAACCAUGCCACGAAGAAUAAAACAAACUUGGCAUACGACAGUGUUUAAAACAAUGUUAAAAGACAGUGAAAUAUUUCUUGUUGAAGAAAAGAAUCUUGAUGAUUAUUCUGAUGACUAUCCUCAUUUUGGUCUUGUUAUUAAUGAUUUAUCAAAGAUUGGACCAAAUUAUGAAUCUCUAAUAAAGGCUGGUCAGGUUAAACAACCAAUGCAAGAUUUUGCUUUUAAUCAAAAUGUUGGUUUUAUUAGUGGAAAAGGAAGAAGUGCAAAAAGAAAAUUUCCAGGAGAUGGACAGUCUGCUUCUACAGGUAAAAAGCCAAGAAGUGAUUUAACAAUGCCUAAAUUACCACCUCAUGGCUAUCCACUAGAACAUCCAUUUAAUAAAGAUGGAUAUAGAUAUAUCUUAGCAGAACCAGAUCCUCAUGCACCUUUUCGUCAAGAAUUUGAUGAGAGUCCAGAUUGGGCUGGAAAACCAAUACCUGGCUGGUUGUAUAGAAAACUUACACCAAAUUUUGUAUUAUGGGCUUUACAUGAUAGAGCUCCACAAUUAAAGAUUGGAGAAGACAGGAUAUUUGUAACUGGAGAGAAAGGCUAUUGCAUGAUUCGUUCUACUCAUGGUAUAAAUAAUGGUAUAUGGUACUUUGAAUGCACAAUAGAAGACAUGCCAGAUGGAUCUGCAACAAGAUUAGGAUGGUCUCAAGCUUUGGGAAACUUGCAAGCUCCUUUGGGAUAUGAUCGAUUUAGUUAUUCUUGGCGGUCUCGUAAAGGAACUAGAUUUCAUCAAAGCAUGGGAUAUCACUACAGUGAUGGUGGUUAUGGUCAAGGAGAUACACUUGGUUUCUUAAUUUAUCUCCCAAGAGUGGAUGAUACUGUAAUUCUUCCACCAACUUAUAAAGAUAAGGUAACCAGUUUUUUACAUUUAACUAAAAUUAACCGUAGUUUAAAAGAGAAUCAAGAUAUAUGAAUAUUGGAAAGGAAAAAGAAGGGAGGAAGAAAAUCUUAUACUUGCUUUUAUAUGGAGGGGAAGCUGAGCCAAUAUUUAUAUUUAAGGAUGCACCGAUUAAUCGGUAAGUAAUCGGUAAUCGGCCACUUAGCCGAUUAAUCGGUAUCGGCCAUUCUCCCCGAUUAAUCGGUUUCGAUAAUCGGCCAAUUUUACAUUUUGGUAUUUUUGUCAGAAUGUUACGUACAAUGCUGGUAAUAAAAACUAAUAAAUUUCUGUUAUAUAUUUAUUAUUUAUUACAUGACAAUCUGAAUAUUAAAAAAAUUUUGCUAAUCAAAUUAUUCCUUUUAU